AUGGCUCGCUGGGGACUCCUGCUGGUGCUCUGGGGCUCCUGCACCUUCAGUCUCCCUGCAGACUCCGGCACCUUCAGAAGGAUCUUCCUCAAGAAAAUGCCCUCAGUCUGGGAAAGCCUGAAAGAGCAAGGUGUGGAUGUGGCCAAGCUCAGGGCUGAGUGGAGCCAGUUCACCAGGAGGGUCUCCCUUGGCAACGGCACCUCCCCCAUGAUCCUCACCAACUACAUGAAUACCCAGUACUAUGGCGAGAUUAGCAUUGGCACCCCACCCCAGACCUUCAAAGUCGUUUUUGACACGGGUUCGGCCAACCUCUGGGUGCCCUCCAGCAAAUGCAGCCCUCUCUACACUGCAUGUGAGACUCACAACCGCUAUGACUCCUUGGAAUCCUCCAGCUACAUGGAGAACAACACGGAAUUCACCAUCAACUACGGAUCGGGGAAGGUCAAAGGCUUUCUGAGCCAGGACGUGGUAACUUUGGGCGGAAUCACGGUGACACAGACCUUCGGAGAAGUCACGGAGCUGCCCGUGAUACCCUUCAUGCUGGCCAAGUUUGAUGGGAUUCUGGGCAUGGGCUUCCCUGCACAGGCCGUCAGGGGGGUCACCCCUGUCUUUGACAACAUCAUCUCCCAGGGGGUGCUAAAGGAGGACGUCUUCUCUGUGUACUAUAGCAGAGCUUCUGAUCUUCGCUUUAGGAAUUCCCACUUGCUGGGAGGCGAGAUUAUGCUGGGAGGCAGCAAUCCCCAGUAUUACCAAGGGAACUUCCACUACGUGAGCCUCAGCAAGACUGGCCUCUGGCAGAUCAAAAUGAAGGGGGUGUCUGUGAGGUCUGCCACUUUGUUCUGUGAGGAGGGCUGCAUGGUCGUGGUGGACACCGGCGCGUCCUUCAUCACGGGACCCACCAGCUCCCUGAAGCUGCUCAUGGAGACUCUGGGGGCCAAGGAGAUGAUGACGAAUGAAUACGUGGUGAACUGUAACCAGGUGCCCACACUCCCUGACAUCUCCUUCCACCUCGGAGGCAGAGCCUAUACGCUCACCAGUGCGGACUAUGUAUUACAGGACCUCGACAGUAGUGACGAUGACUUGUGCACACUGGCCAUCCAUGGCCUGGACGUCCCACCGCCCACUGGGCCCCUCUGGGUCCUGGGUGCCAGCUUCAUCCGCAAGUUCUACACGGAGUUUGAUCGGCGUAACCAUCGCAUUGGCUUUGCCCUGGCCCUCUGA